AUGGAGUUUCGCGAAACGCUGCUAGCUGCGCAACGUAAUCAACAAGAAAAAUCUUCUGUUGGUAGUUAUUAUUAUAAAGCAAAAUUUGAUCCUCCCAAGAAAGAACAAAGAGAAAAGGAUCGAUUAUCAGCCAACAUCCAAAAAUUCCUAGCAAAAAAAGAUGAAGAAGAAAGACAAAAGAAGUUAGAAACCCAACGUAAAAGAGAGGAAUUACUUGCUAUGCGGGAUCCAAAGGCUUUACGGAAAAUUCAGAAAACCUUAAAAGUAAUCAAAUCAGCAAACAAAUCGGUGAUUGCUGAUGCUAUCGAUAGAGACCACACUGCUGUUACUCGUGAGGGUCCAGAUCAACCAGACCAGGAUGACUAUGGUUAUGAAUCCCAGUCUGCUGCUGCUAUAUAUGAGAAAAUGAUGCAGAAGUAUAGCAAAAUGCCUGAUGAACCUAAGUUUCCUUUGUCAAAUAGUAUGAGCACCAAGGAUUUACAUGGAACAAGAGAACGGGUAAAACACGCUCUGCGACAUGAAGAUGAUCCAGUGCCACAUAAAAGGCGGCGUCGCACAGACGGAGAUUCCAGCCCACCACAAAAAUAUGAACCUGAGAAGGAAAAGGAGAAAAAAAUGGAAAAGCCAAAAAUACGGAAAUCAGCUCCUCCACCAAUGGAUUUUAAUCAACUUUUAAAGCUGGCAGAACAAAAGAAAAGUGAACCACUUGAAAUUGGUGGAACAAAAAAGGCUGUUACUGAAUCAGAACCUGAAAGGUUGAUGACUAAAAAACAGAAGAGAGAAUAUGAAGAAGAAAUGGCAAGAAGACAAAGAAGGCAAGAACGAAUUGAGGCUGAGAAGACAGGGAAAAAAGCCGUGAGAGAAGAAAAGCCAUUAGAAAAAGAACGAGAACGUAAACCAGAUGUAGCUUCAACUGGUUUUGGAAGAAUACCAAAAGUAGGUGAACGAAUUUCGCAAAAAACGGAAUCCCCUAAAGUACAUGACAGAGAGAAAAAAGAAAACGAUCGAGAUAGACUACAAAGGGAAAAGGAACGAGUUAGGUUAGAAAGGGAAAAAAUGGAACGCGAAAAGGAAAGAAUAGAUAAAGAAAUUUUAGAUAGAUUGAAGGCAGAAAAGGAUAGAAUCGAAAAACAGAUGGAAAAACUAAAUAAAGACAGAGAGAGAUUAGAUAAAACCAAGGCAAAACUAGAAACCACUUCAGAUAGAAGCAGAGAUAAGUCCAAAGGUAGCAAAGAGGUUGCUGUAAAACAAGAAGUCAAAAAGAAUAUAGAUUUAAAGAGUCAAAACACUUACAGGAUAGAGAAAACCUUUAAUGAUAAAAAGUCCGUGUUGCAAAAGCAAGAAAGACCUAAUGGCCACAGCUCACAGAGCAAACCCGUGCCAAAACUUAGUAAAGACAGCUUAGAUAGAAAUAUUAAAGAUAAAGUUGUGUCGGCCAAGAAGCAGUUUGAUGGUAGCCCAAGGAAUGGUAACAUUAAAGCUGAUAAUGGGAAACGCCUACCGGAAAGUAGUGCUAGCAAAUCAUGUUCUAAGAAAGUGGACGAAAGAAAGUCUGUACAGAAUGGAAUAAAGCAGAGCGGUCCAAGUAAACAACUCACAAAUGGAUUUGAUUUUGAUAAACAUGUCAAUUCAAUAAGUAGGAAAAAAAUGCCUCCAGGUGAUAUACGUAGGAAAGCACCAGUUGAUGAUAGAAGAACACAAAAACGCCGUAUGGUCGACUCUGAUUCCGAAUACGACUCGGAGAUGGACGAUUUCAUCGACGACGGUGAUGCAGACCUCGACUACUCGUCCGCUAUCAAAGAAAUAUUUGGUUACGACAAAUCUAGGUACCGCAAUAUGGAUGAUGACGAUGACCCCUCGAUGGAGUCGAGUUUCGCGCGCCAGCAGCGCGAAGAAUAUAUUAGUAAAAAGAUUGGUAUCAUGGAGGACUUGGAAGAUAUGAGAAUGGAAGCGAUGGAAAAAAAGAAAAAAGGCAAACGACGGCUUUCCGACGAUUAA